GACUACUAGCUACUAGUAUUACUAUAUCUCUACCAUACGAAGACAGAACUAAGAUGACGGACGCGACGGAAUUGGAAAAGCGGGUGGAAGCCUUGGAAGUGGGGGCCAAGUUUGACGCCACGCAAAAGGAUGUCAAGGAGCUGGAACAGGAAUUUCUGGCAAAAUUUCAGGAAAUUAGAGAGGCCAUGGUCAGCCAAAGUAAUACCUGUGGUGCCAGUGGUGGAGGAGCUUCCAGUAAAGAAAUGGAAGCCGUCAAGGCCGAGAAUCAAGCACUCAAGAAACGCAAUGCCAAAUUGGAGUACCGUGUCAAAAUCAUGCUCAAGAGUAUGGAGGAAUUGUAUGCCAACAAGAAUAUAUAGUGAUAAACAAUAAGAUAUAUAAUAAUAAACAUUUGGUCAGGAACUGUUUAAAAAUAGACAGGAAUUUUGCAAAAUCUACUUGCUUGGCCCUGGCUGGCUUCCUAG